ACUUUAGACAGUAUUUCCAUUGAGUCAUAUAAUUUAUCUGUAUUUUUAUCUGCGUUUCCAAACUUUUGAUCUACAGUAUUCUGAUUGCCGCCUUUGCGAUAGUUUAUGGCAAUCCUUUGCGGCUCAUACAUGGAUACGACAGUUUUGGAAACACAUGCGGCGUGAAGAACAAUCCAAAGUUCGGCAACAUGGAGCUUUCUGGACAAGACACCAGCGAGAAGCCAUAUUUAUUCUUCCUGGAUAUAUACAAUGUCACGCAGUCACUGAAGAUCUGUGUGAAGAAAUGCCCCGACAGAAUGUUGUCGACGAUGGAGGACAUCUGUAAAUUUUACAAAGAGACGGGGUCGCAGUUGUGCCACGAUCGUCCAGGCGGUGAUUUCAGCGCGUGCAACAGCAAGAGUAGCAUAUUCAAGAACGGAUCUUGCCCCGAGCGACCGGUUUACCCCAGCACGUCUGUUUUAAACCGGUGUAUCCCUAAAAUGGUGAAGGAAGUGAGCGAAGUGAUAAUCUCAAAUUUAUACGGCUUAAUCAAUUCGUGGGAUGUCAUCGAACAGGUUUUGGGAGACCUGUGUAAAACCUGGAGGCAAAUUCUGGCGCUAUCUUUUCUCGCCUGUGUUUUAUCACUCUUUACAAUAGCCAUCUUUCAUUUAAUGGCAAGUGUUGUAACGUGGAUUAUAAUCGUACUUGUGAGCAUUGCUAGCACAG